CUUGCUCUAACUCUUUCUCUGCACUGAAUCAGAAAUGGGUCCUCUUAUAGGAUUCAUGUACCGUCUCCUGCACAUAGAGAUCAUCCGUCUUCUCAAGAAGAAAAGGCUUGACCCUUGUGACUGUUUCCCCGGCAUCAAUGAAGUUGAUAUCUACAAGCUCGAUCCCUCUGAGUUGCCUGGACUUUCAGAGACCAAGUCCGAUGAACAAGUGUGGAACUUUUUCUGUGAACCGUAUUAUAAGUAUGCAAACAGCAAAUGUGCCAACCGAAAAACGAGGACAGGAUACUGGAAAAUAACAGGUAAAGGAUGUGUCGUCAAGGAUAAAAGUGACAAAAUCAUCGGAAGCAAAAAGACUUUGGUUUUCUACAAACGUGGUGGUGCUUCUAAGGAGGCCAAAACUGACUGGGUCAUGCAUGAAUUCUAUGUUAAGGAGAACCCUCUUUAUAAGAGGGAUUUAGCUUUCUGUUACAUCGAAAAGAAUCCAAAAAGCAAGUCGAUUAUCUCAACUCCCGAUGAUGGUGAAUCAUAUCACAAUUUGGCUUCUGAUUCUGAAAAUACAGAGAGUCUUUCUACAGAGGUAGAACUUCAACUACUAGAGCAGCACAGUUCGGCUUCUGAUCCUGGAAAUCAAGUUUCAGCAGAUACUUCUCCAAUGGAGGAUGCUCAACAAAUUGAAGAAUUACUUGAAGAAUUCAAUGCACUCCUCGCACCACAGUCGCCAAUAAUCCAGAACAGGGAUCCAUUCCUCCCCAUACUCAAACGGCUUUAGUAGUAGACAGACUCUUCCUGCUGACACGACACUCAUGACAUCGAUACAUUUGUCAAUGAGAUGUUUGGGGACUAUCCUCCAGCAGCUGUGUUAAUCACAAUUAAAAGUUGCA